AUGGCGAAAAGAAAGAACGAAAACAGGAGCUUUCUGGACAGGUGGGAGACAGAAUAUCUGUUUACCUAUGUAAAAGACAGACCUGUUUGUCUUGUAUGUGGAGCUCAUGUGGCUAUAACCAAGGAGUACAACAUUAGACGACACUAUGAAACGAAACACCAAGAGAAGUACAAUGACCUGGACAUGACUCAAAGGCGCCGGAAAGCAGAAGAGAUGAAAAGAAGUAUUGUUUCUCAACAGACUAUGUUCAAAAAAGCCAUAUCACAAAGUGAGGCUGCUGUAAAGGCUGGUUUUGUUGUGGCAGCAGAGAUCGCAAAAUCAGCCCGGCCCUUCAGUGAGGGUGAGUUUGUGAAAAGGUGUAUGAUGAAAGUUUGCGACGUUGUGUGCCCAGAGAAAAAGCAAGCAUUUUCAAAUGUUAGCCUGAGCAGAAACACAGUAGCUGAUCGCACACGUGAACUUGCCAACAAUCUAUAUAACCAGCUGAUGGAGAAGGGAAACAGUUUCGUUGCAUUCUCCCUCGCUGUGGAUGAAAGCAGCGACGCCUCUGAUACUGCCCAGCUUUCAGUCUUCAUCCGUGGUGUGGACUCAACUCUCUGUGUUACAGAAGAACUUUUAGGAUUAAAAUCAAUGCAUGGCACAACCACAGGGAAGGAAAUAUUUGAAGAGGUUUCCAAAUGUCUAACUGAAAUGAAGUUGCCAUGGGAAAAACUUGUGGGGUUAACGACAGAUGGUGCACCAGCGAUGUGUGGUCAAAGGAGCGGACUGGUGGGCAGGGUACGGGAGAAGAUGCGAGCGGAGAACUGUGCAGGUGAGCUGACUGUUUACCACUGCAUCAUACAUCAAGAAUCACUUUGUGGCAAAGCCCUAAGGAUGGAACAUGUUAUGACCGCAGUAACACGAGUAGUUAACUUUAUAAGAGCCAAAGGUCUGAAUCACCGCCAAUUCAAAUCUUUUCUUGAGGAGUGUGGUUCGGAAUACGGAGACGUGCCAUAUCACACGGAGGUGAGGUGGUUAAGCCGAGGAAAAGUACUGAACAGAUGUUUCGAGCUACGUGAGGAAAUAUUUCAGUUUCUGGAAAGCAAAGGGCAAGACACAGCUGAGCUCAGGGAGCAGGAGUUUCUGUGUGAGCUGGCCUUUAUGUGUGAUAUCACGAGCCAUCUCGAUGCGCUGAACCUGCAGCUUCAGGGACGGGGGCGUAUCAUCACAGAUAUGUACGCUGCAGUGAGGGCUUUUAAAACGAAAUUGUGCCUGUGGCAGAAUCAGAUACUACAAGGAAACCUGGGCCAUUUUCCCUGCUGCCAAACGAUGAACAUGCAAAUCUCUACUGCUGUGUUCCCAUGUGCACAGUUUGCUGAAAAACUCUGUGUACUCAGUACUGAGUUUACCCGGCGGUUUGCCGACUUUGAUGCCCAGAAAUGUCGAUUUGAACUGCUCAGUAAUCCUUUUGCAGUUGACGUGGCAAAAGCACCAACAAACCUCCAAAUGGAGCUGAUUGAACUCCAGUGUAGUGACACGCUGAAGUCAAAGUAUGAUGCUGUGGGCGCUUCACAAUUUCCACAUUUCAUCCCUGACACAAUGCCUGGGCUCCGCACCCACGCUGCUCAGAUGCUAUCCAUGUUCGGCAGCACUUACCUAUGUGAGCAACUAUCCUCGAUGAAGAUGGCUAAAACAUCUCACAGGAGACGUCUGACCGAUGAACACCUUCACUCUAUCCUGAGGAUUUCCUCAGCUCAGAGCCUGAGCCCAGACAUUGAGGAACUAGCAUCCAAGAAGAGAUGCCAGGUAUCUGGCUUGGACAUAUCAGAGUAG